AUGGUUGGUGGCGGUGGCGGUGGCGGUGGCGGCAAAAGCAAUGAGACCAAUGAAACCAAUAAGAAAAACAAGAUUGAUGAGACCAAUGAGACCAAUGAUUCCAACGAUACUAACGAUACCAACGAUACCAAUAAGACCAACGAGACCAAUGAGACCAAUGAGACCAAUGACACCAAUGAGACAAAUAAAACCAAUAAGACCAAUAAGACCAACGAGACCAAUGAGACCAAUGAGACCAAUGAGACCAACGAUACCAAUGAUACCAACGAUACCAACGAUGCUAACAAUACCAACGAUACCAACAAUACCAACGAAACCUACGAUACCAACGAUACCAACAUACCAAUGAUUCUAACAAACCAACCAGACCAACGGGACCAACGAGACCAAAGAAACCAACGAUACCAACGAGACCAACAAGACCAACGAGACCAAAGAGACCAACGAUACCAAACAACGAUACCAAACAACGAUACCAAUUAUACCAACGAGACCCACGAUACUAACGAUACCAACGAAACUGAUGAAAGAAAAGAGACCAACGAAACACCGAGAACAACGAGAACAACUAUACCAAUGAGACCAACAAGACCAACGAGACCAAAGAGACCAACGAUACCAACCAGACCAACCAACGAUACCAAUGAUACCAACGGUACCAACUAA